AUGAACAAUGAAACAAAUGAAACAGCCAUAUUGGCAUACGUUUAUCGUAUUGAAACGAUAUUUUUACCAGCAAUUAUUGUGUUUGGAACUUUAUGUAAUAUAAUGACAUUUAUUGUAAUGCGUCGAAGACGCAUGCGUAUAUCAUCAACUUGCUUUUAUAUGGCAGUUCUUGCCGUAACAGAUACAUUUGUUUUAUGGACAGGCUGUUUAAAUCAAUGGUUGUAUUUAAUGCAAUUUCCAACGUUAGUUGUUCAAUCGAAUUUUACAUGCAAAUCAGUUCCAUUUCUUUUCGUCUUCUUUGCCGAUGCAAGUGUAUGGAUUACUGUAUGCAUGUCGUUUGAACGAUACUUCGCCGUUUCAAGACCCUUAAGAGCUUCACAGAUGUGUACAACGAGACGAGCCAAAUGGGUUUUAGUUGUCAUCUUUGCCGUAUUAGCAUUGAUUGAUGGUCAUUAUCUAAUAACAUUAGAAAUACAAAAAAUUGAUGACAACACGCACGUGUGCCAUCCAACACGUUGGGCUCAUCAUUUUGUUCAGAAAAUUUUUGUUUACAUUGAUGGAUUAAAAUAUUCUGCCAUACCAUUUUUUUUGUUACUUUUACUAAGUAUACUUAUUAUACAACGAGUAUUUCACGCUGAAAGUAUUAGCGCACAAUUACGAAAUCUUCGUCAACUAAAUCAUUAUCAGAAAUACUCAUUAGCAUCAAGUUCUAGUAUUUCAGGUCAUUCAUCAUUAUUGAUGGCCAAUUCAACACAGCCAACUUCAUUGAAUAAUACACGUGUUGGUCGUCGUAUUACAUUUAUGUUAUUAUCUGUUAGCAUUGCAUUUUGCGUAUUUUCAGCUCCGAUGUCAUUAAUGCAGAUAGUUCAAAGUGUAUCAAGCCCAGAUCAUAAUUUUACAGCAUUAGCUAUUGGCAAAGCUGUUGCUGAAUUAUGUCAAUAUAUAAAUCAUUCAUGCAAUUUUUUUCUAUAUGCUCUCACCGGACGAAUAUUUCGUCGAGAAUUUGUUCGGCUUUUUUUCCCCACUCGUUUUGGUAAUGGUAUUAGGAAGCCGGCUGGUACUCCUCGUACGGGUCUUAAUGGACGUGCAUGUUUAAUACCACAUGCAGGACAUUCAUCAAGUCAUCAUGGUUCACUUUAUUCCAUGAAUAACAAUCGGCAAAGUUUAUAUCAAACAUCUCGACGUUUAACAGCAUUUUCUUUAAAACAAAAUAAUACUCAAGUAAAUAAACUAAAUUUUCAAUCGUUUACAAUUAAAUCGCCUUUAAUAUGCGACCGUAAUGGUUUAUCACCAGCAAGUAGACAUCUCAAAAUGUAUUAUGAUAAAUCGCAAAUAUUAGCAAAUAAAAAUUCAAGUGAUAGUAGUCCGCUAUAUUCAUUAUGGAAUUUAUUUGGUCGAAAUAAAAAACGCGAACUCAUCGGUGAUCGACCAUUGUUAUUUGUAAAAGCUUUAAAACCAACGCAUCAUCAAUUUCAAGGUCAUUAA